UCGUGCCGUUGUACUCGUUGGACCGGUGGACGAAACUGAAAAUCAAAUCCACACCGUCUAGCUAGUCCACGUGAGUGCUCCAUGAGAGAGUCAUGGGAAGAGAACGGAAUUUCGUACUUUCCCGAAUAUUUGUCUGUAAAUAUCGUUAUUUAUCGUUGAAAAUGUGAAGUUUGUGUCAUUUCAUGGAAAUAGCGUUUAUUGUAAGGUGAUGAUUUAACUGCAAUCGAGAACGUUGAGAAAAUUUCUAAAAACCAGCAGCUGUACGAAAAUAUGUCAGACUCAGUGUUCGUAAACAACGAAACAUUGGAGGUUAUACGAAGUCAGUCGCGAUUGGUUUUGAAUGAAGAAAGAAAAAGUAAUCGUGCUUUGUUAUGGAGGAAAAAACGGUCAGCUCUUGGUGGAAUAAAUGGAGAAGAAUUUUAUUUAAGCACCAAAGAGGUUGUUGACAAAGCAAAACAGCUUGAAAGAGGUGCUCUCUCGAGGAAAGAUUAUCUCUUGCUUCAGAACUCCUUGAUUCAGAAUGAAGCCAACGUCAAGAGUUUCCUCCAAGCAAAUAAUGUGCUGGAUGCAUUGAUGCGUGAUUUAACUGGUGCAAAUCCAGCUGUACAAUUAAUUGCUGCAAGUUGUUGUUGCAAUAUCGCUUUGGCCAACCCACAAGUUUGUAUAUUUUUGGCAAAGUACGCCGGACCUCAUCUUGUUGCAGAACUUUAUAGUCUGAAUUAUCCUCUGCUGGAAGUUUGUGCAUGGACUAUUGGGAAUCUCUGUGCCGGUAGCAAAACUGCCUUUGAGUUCCUGUAUGCUCAAGGUUGCUACCAAGCAUUGAUAUCCCUUAUCAACAAUUGCGAAGAAUCCGUUUUACAAUCAACCAUUUAUGCGCUCAAAUUUUGCCUGUAUUCGGGACACGAUGUUAUAAGUGGUUCAGAAGUCACGGAUUUGAGUACAGCGCUGAUUCGCCUAAAUCAUUUUUCUCAUGACAAGGAAAACCUGUGGAUUUUAGCUUUGUUGUCAUCCAGAAAAGAGUCUCAUAACGCACUGAUGUCCGUAUUGGAAAUAGUUUUGAAAAUCGUAUGGGAAAUUGUGAUGGAUUCAGAAGCAACAUCAAACGAUGAGAUGUUGGCACCGGGAAUCAGACUUUUGGGGAAUACAAUAACCGAGUCAACGGGAAGAGCGGCUAAAAUUUUCAUCAAUUCAAGAAAUAAUCAAGAUAUUGCAACAUUUUUCGAUAAACUGCUCUCUAAAUCUGAGAAUCACGUGAAAAUGGAAUCGUUUUGGGUCUUUGGCAAUUUUUAUGAUCACGUGCAACCAGAAAUUCGUGCUGAGGUCCGAGAGCGAUUGAUUCCCUUGAUGAAUUCAUUGAAGCACUUCGUCAGUUGACCUUGGCUUCCAAGCGAUUAUUUAACUCUGAGUGAUGUAAAAAAUUUCUAAUUUACAAACGAUUAGUAUAAUUAUUUAUUAUUUGUAUAAAUACAAAAAACGAUACAAACUA